AAAGAUUUUCAGCAUGCCGGAGAUACACGAAGACAAUAAUGCCCAAAUCCGAUCAUCUCUGUCGCAGCUCAUUCUGAAGAGCGGUUCCAAUAAUACUCUCGACUCCAUUUUCUCCCAUUGCCACCAGGAACCAAACCCAAACCCUUACCCUGUUUCUCAACCUCUGGGAUCCUCAGUAUAUCUGCGGCAGAGAGAUUUGCUCCAAAAGUUCUGCGAAGAAAACAGAACAAACCCUCAAACCUGCAGUAGUCUCCCGUUCAAGAAUUUCCUGUACGAGAAUCCGGCGGCGGGGGGGAAGAAGAAGCUGUACAGAGGGGUGAGGCAGAGGCACUGGGGGAAAUGGGUUGCGGAGAUAAGACUUCCCCAGAACAGAAUGAGAGUGUGGCUGGGGACUUACGACAGCGCCGAGGCGGCGGCUUAUGCCUACGACACGGCGGCGUAUAAGCUUCGCGGCGAGUAUGCGCGGUUGAAUUUCCCCGAUCCCACCAGCUUGGGGUUCGGAGAUAAUGCGAAGCUUAACGCCGUCAAGACCGCCGUGGACGCGAAGAUCCAAGCGAUUCGCCAGAAGGUGAGAAGGGAGAAGGCGAAGAAGAAGGAGGCCAAGAAAAGCGGCAACGAGAGUGUGAUGGCGGUUGAGUCGUCUUCUUGUUCGUUUGCCGGGAAUGAGAGCUGGAGUACUGCUGAACUGAUUUCUCCGAGUGUUUCUGAAGAUGGGUUUUGGAUGAGCGAUACUUCGCCGAGCUCGGUCUCCGGCGAGUUGGCGGCGGCGGUGGCGGAGCAGACGUCGGAGAUGGAGGACUGCUUCCUGGCAAGGAUGCCUUCGUUUGAUCCAGAGUUGAUAUGGGAAGUUCUGGCCAAUUAAUUAGCAGUUGGUGUGUUUAGUUUUUAGCAAAUUAAAUUAAAGAAGCUGUUGUGGCAAGUGGCAACCGUAAAUGGCUAAGUUUUUGAAAAUUCACCAUAUACUUCUCAACUUGUCAUGUCCUUUAUAAUUAGCUUAGGACUAAUCUCAUUUUCUACUUUAAUUAUAAUACCACUUUUCUUUUCUUUU